CUACGACGAGGAACGCUCGGAGAUCUUGGCGAGGAAGCGCUCGCGAAUUUCCGCAACAGUUUGCCGCCGCGAAUCGCGCGCGCGGACGCGGCGAUUCGAAUCGGCACGCGUCCUCCCCGUAGUCGUCGUCGUUCAUCGUUGUCGUCGUUCUCACCUCUCGCUCGAACGACGCGCGUUUCCCCCAUGCGGCCGAAUGCGUCGCGGCCUGCGAGACGACAGGUCGCACACGCGCGCGUGUGAGCGCGCUCGUGUGCGUACGUGCGUGCGUGACAUUUCCUUGGAGUACGCGCGGAUUUAUCUCCCGACGCUGUGAAAUGCUGACGAGCUGGCGGUAUGUCUGCGACGGCAUAGUCAAUGCGGACACGCGACUACGCACGGGUGAGUGCGCCGGCACAGUCAAUGCAACCGUUUGCCAGGGGGAACCCCCGGGUUCCCAGCCCUGGCCCGUUGCGACCCUUUACACCGCCGGACCUCUCUUCCAUACCUCAUAUGGACGGCACGCCCUUGCACAGCAACAAUGUCAGCAACAACGGCAACGACAACGAUGUUCGUAACAACGUGUCGCCCGCCAGCAAUCGGGCGAACGACGGCGCGCAACAAGAAUCCGCCGGGCCCUUUAUCAUCGGCAGUCCCAUCGAUCUCGGGGACAUCGACAAUGUCGACAACAUCGGUCUUCGUCUGGAUCCUGUCACGCGUAGUAGCAGCAGACGGAGAACGCGGGAGCACAUCGAGCUCCAGGAGACCGGCUCGCCGGAUUCGACUUCCGAGGCCCCGGUUGCGUCCAGAGCACGGUUCUUGAUCGUAAAAAUUCAGUGA